AGCGGCUCUUGUUUGGCGCUCGCAAGAUUGGAUAUACCAGGCGUACUUUUUUUUGUUUUUCUUUUUUUUUAUUCCCUCUCUAUGUAUUAUCAAUCAUUUCUGCAUCAGAGCGCCUCAUUUCAUGUUAUUGUUCUUUGCAUAUGGAGCGGGAAAGCAUACCUGGUUUAUAAACUAGAGCUUUGUGGUACAUCUACUCGGAUAUAUUUUUUAUGUACAGCGCUCCAUAGAAUGAGCUACUCGCUCAUCAUAACUAACAACAACUGUCUGACAACUUCAAUAUUGCAUGCUUGUCCUUCUAGUAUAUUACAACACUUCUACUUUCCUUAUCUAUUCAUAGUCCCUCAAUUCCAUCCUAAACGCCUCUGAACAUUCACCAUCAACUCACCGCACCAUAUACAUGAUCACCUGACCAUACUCCGCUUAUCAUAUCUAAUCACCCAGUGAUAUCGAAAAAAUCAAAAAUUUAUAUUAACACUUCAAGCCUCCAUUGUUCAUCUCACAGGGCCAUACACAAUCCCACAAGCCCUCAGUUCACCGAUACCCCCGC